AUUCCUGUUUUCUUUGUGAAGGUUGAUCUUCUCACAUCUCCUCUGGGGAGCGCUGCUGAAGAUGGUUACACAGAGAUUGUGGAGAAACUGAUAUCAGCUGGAGCUGUCAUCAACUACCAGAACAAGGAUGGAGCAACUCCACUCAUUAUGGCCAGUUACAAAGGGCACCUGGAAGUAGUUAGACUCCUGCUAGAAUCUGGAGCUAAAGAUCUACCUUAUAAGGAUGGACGUACAGCCAUGAGUUUCGCAAGAGCCAAAGGUCAUCAGCAAAUAGUCCAACUUCUACAGCAGUACAAAGUUUAAACUACGUCUCUCGACUCUGCUUCUUCUAACACUGUGGCCUAGUUCUAUAGCUACUACAUAUAGGUUAUCAGCAACUUGUCUCUUAUAGGAGUAGCUACAAAAUUUAAAGGAAAUAACACUCUAAUUAACACUGUAGCUUAUUUCUUUACUAUACUACAAACCAGACUUACUAAAUUGUCCAUUACCUCCUUUUUACAGCUUUUAAAUACUGUUUUGUUGCUGAUUUUUGUAGUUAGUAUACAAACUGUGCUCUAUGGUUUCGAUUUUACUACACCAUGAUAUCUGCAUGCUAGAUGCACUUGCCAC